AAAAAACCAUAAAUAAAGUUAAAAAAUUCUUCUUCACUUGAAGCCAGAAGAAUUUCUUUGAAAUCAUUAACUACUUCGCAUCUUAUCAAAAUUAAAAAGAAAGUGUUUAUUCAUUUCCAUUCCUCAUCACUUCGAUUCCUAAAAUAAUUCACCAUGGAUUCUAUCGAUAUUUAUCAGCGUGUAUGCCGAAAAGUCAACUUUAUUCUUGACAAUCCUCCCAAAGCAGACCUGUCCGUUGAAACUACACCAGAACCCUCCAUAUACGAAGAAGAGGAAGAAGAAGAGGAAGUUAUUGAUUGCAGAGCCGUGAAAAUGGAGUUAGAGUGCUUAAAACGUCGUAUACAAAAACUACAACUCAAACUUAAAUUGGAUGUUGACGUAUGCCCUGAUGAUCCAUGCGUAGACUAUGAGAUCGAAUUGAGCUGUUCACAUAAUAAGGAAAUUUGUGAAUUACAAAAAAACGCUCACAAACUGCAGUGUCAAAUUAAUGAACUGAUUAGAUGUUGUAAUGCAGGUAAGGACCAAAUACGUGACCUACGUGAACGUUUGUGUUUUCAUGCCAAGGAAAUCAAUAAACUGCAGGAAACUACGAUCGAAUUGAUUGACUGGAGAAACACACUUGCAUUGGAGUUUGGUGUUUGCUUGGAACGAUUUCGUUAUCUAAAAACUGUUAAAGCUGAGUGGACUGAAGUUGCUGAGGUGUUACAAAAGGAAAAGAAAAAGUUUUAUCAUCUUGAAAAGGAUUAUGUGCCUAAAGAGUGGUACGAAAGGGAGUUAGCAGAGCAACAAAGAAGAAUGGACGCUUUGGAACGGUUAGUAUUGCGUUCUGUUAAGAGACCACAAAUUGCAGUUAAAAUGUGUCAACCACCAAAAAAAUGCCGUAAGAAGAAACGACCUUUGAAUAAAGUCUUUCCGUUCUGUACAGAUAAGGCAAUUAUAAAAGAUGAAAAUCCAAGAAAACUAUUUUUCAAACUGCCUUUCCAAAUUUAUAUGCCGUGAACUGUAUAAAUUUAAAAAAAUUUAAUUUU